AUGGCCAGUAAAGUUUUUCGCAAGCUUCAAGUUGUUAAAAUUACACCUUCCUUUCGGGAAGCUGUCAAGCUGGUGGAAGUUCCGCUGAACCCGCCAAAUGCCGACGAAGUUCGCGUCAAAAAUGUUUACGCCGGUGUAAACGCAAUGGCCAGUAAAGUAUUUCGCAAGCUUCAAGUUGUUAAAAUUACACCUUCCUUUCGGGAAGCUGUCAAGCUGGUGGAAGUUCCGCUGAACCCGCCAAAUGCCGACGAAGUUCGCGUCAAAAAUGUUUACGCCGGUGUAAACGCCAGCGAUGUGAAUGUUACCAGUGCUCGGUACUUUACUGAUGGAAAAUGUCCGUAUGAUUUGGGCAUGGAAGCUUUGGGUGUGAUUGACGCCAUUGGAAGUAAUGUGACAACCAACUUGAAGGUCGGUCAACCAGUUUUGAUUGCAGACUCCAAACCUCAGGGUUUUGCCGAGUACCUUUACAAACCUCUGAAAACGCUAGUACCUCUUCCAGAAGUGAAACCAAACUACAUAGUUUCCUAUGUGAACGGGUUAACUGCAAGCAUCGCCCUGGACAAGGCUGGUCGAAUUCAGCCAGGCGAUAAAGUGUUGAUCACCGCCGCCGCCGGUGGCACUGGUCAGAUUGCCGUACAGUGGGCAAAGAAGAGGGGAUGCUAUGUUAUUGGAACUACCUCAAGUGAGGAGAAGGCACAGUUUGUCAAGGACUUAGGUGCCGAUGAGGUGAUCAACUAUAAGAAGGAAAACUUGGAUCAAGUGCUGAAAGAGAAGUUUCCUUCUGGAGUUGACGUGAUUUGGGAAACGAUUGGCGGCGAAGUGUUUGCCACUCUUUUCCGUCACCUUGCCGUCAAAGGUCGAAUGGUGAUCAUUGGCAGCACCACCACUUACACUGGUGAUGGCAACUUCGAUGUGCCCAUUUCCAAGCUGAAUGCCAAGCUGCUGAUGAGCUCUAAAUCGCUGAAUGGUUUCAUGAUGACCAACUACACUUCCGAUUACAAGGAGUACCUGGGCAAGCUGAUUGGCAUGAUUGCUAAGGGCGAGUUGAGUGCCAAGGUCGAUUUGGGAGAGAACAGCCCUGGGGGAAAGUUUACCGGUCUCAAGCAGACGGUGCGAGCUGAAGAGUGGCUGCAUUCGGGUAAAAAUUCAGGCAAAGUUGUGGUGCAGGUUAAUGAUUUCUAA